GAGAAAAUGUAGCCAAUUCUAACUGCCUUAUGUUUGUCUGUGUGUGUGUAUUAAUAAACACAGUGCACAAACAGCUGUGAAGCUAUCAUACUAUCAAGUGUUUCACCAGCCUGUAGCAACUUGUAUUUUCUCAGCAGCACAGAGAUCAUAUUGAAUCACCUGAGUCCUUGAAUCAAACUAUCAAACAAAAACACUUGUUGUUGUUCCCAUUCAUUCAGCCAGCUGAAGUUUGGAGACUAUAUAAGACAGAACAACUCUACCACUGUACCUUUUGAAGACGUGUAGCUGUACAGUGAGGGUUGUUCUUGGUUUGCUGCUGUUGCUACUCGGUCUGUGUGGGUCAGGAGCUCAUGGGGAGGGUGGAGGCCUCAGUGAGGUGGGUGAGAUUAGCCAGUUUCAGAAGACAGCUCCAAGAGAUGCAGAUGAGGAAUCGACCGAGCAGACCACAGAGCAAACCACCACUGACUUCUGUGCGGAGCUGAGGGCACUGAGAGACAUGGUGGUGGAGCUUAAAGUGGAGCUGAGGAACAUGGAGGCCAGAGUGAAGGACAGCGAGAGCCAGGUGAAAGACCUGAAAGCUGAGCUGAUCGCACCAAAGUGUAUGUGGAUCUGCUGCAGAGAGAGAAUUCUGUUCAAGCCACAGAACUGACAUCUUUGGGAACCAGACUGACCUCCACCGAGAGCAAAACAAGUGACAUGGAAAAAAAGAAUGCAGACUUGCAGACCAGAAUGAGUAGCAGUGAAUAUGAACUUCUAGUUAGCAAGUCAAGGAUUGACCAGCUGGAGAAAGAAAAUACAGAAAAACCAAAGGUGGCCUUUUACACAGCACUGACUGAUGCAGGAUAUGUUGGACCAUACAACACAGUAACAACACUGAGAUACAGCAAGGUCUUCACCAACAUUGGCAAUGCUUAUAAUCCAGCUACAGGUUUCUUCACAGCACCAGUCAAAGGGGUCUACUCAUUCCAGUUCACUAUGUGUGGUUAUAAAGCAGGUUAUAUGGGUGUUUCUGUGUACAAGAACAAUCAACAUCUUAUGCAUAAUGUGGAGCGGAAAGAUGAACCAGGUCAUGAGUACCUCACUAACUCUGUUGUCUUGGAGCUGAGAGCAGGAGAUGAAAUCUGGCUGGUUCUCCCACAUGGCCAUUCUCUCUUUGACAGUGGAGAAAACCACAACACCUUCAGUGGCUCCCUUCUCUUCCCACUGUAAGGAUGUUGUUUAGGCUGCUGUGUGAGUGAUAUGUAACAAUCCCUGUUGUUAUUGGAUACUCUGGGAUUCUUUAGAAAAUGUUUAUAUAUCUCAGCACUGCUGCCUCAAAAAUCAAAUGUCUGUAUAUUUACUGCAUGUAUCAAAUAAUGAGAUUUGUAAUCAA